AUGACUACCCUAGCAAAGACAGCGGUCGUGUUAGUCGACCCUUACAACGACUUUCUCCAUCCAGAGGGCAAGCUCACACCAUUUCUCAAGGAUCUUGACGAGCGAGAUGCUGUCCAAAACAUGAAAGAGCUGGUCCAGACCGCUCGCUCUCAUCAAAUUCCUGUGUAUUAUGGCCUUCAUCAACAAUGGAAAGGGGAAAGUUUCAAUGGUUGGAGGCACAUGACCCCUGGCAACGUGAAGCAGCAAGAUAUCCAUUACUUUGAAGAAGGCACCUUUGGCUCUCGUAUUUACGAGGGUCUGGAGCCUGACUCGAGUAACGGGGACGUGGUCGUGAGCAAGCAUUGGAAUAGCGAUUCUUUCCAGAACACCGAUCUGGAUUUUCAGCUCCGCCAACGCGAGAUUACACAUCUCGCUCUUGCAGGACUAACGGCGAAUACUUGCCUGGAGGCGACUGCAAGACACGCUUUUGAACUCGGCUAUCAUGUUACGCUCCUGAAGGAUGCGACUGCGGGUUGGUCCAAGGAGCUCACCGAUGCAGCCUCGGGUUUAGUGUGGCCGUUGUUUGCCCAGGUUCAGACCGUGAAGGAUUGGGCAAAUACUCUUGAUGUGAAGUGA